CAAGAUGAACUGCCUUCAAAAUCUCCCAAGGUUUGUUUUAUGAUUACUUCAUCUGAUGAUUACUAUCAAUUCUCUAUAACAUUUCAUCAUUUUCGAUUGAGUUUUGCCAGAUCGUCUUCAGUUUUAUCUUCACAAAGCUUCAGAAUUCAAUCUGCAAUUCAACCCUGCUUUGUUAACAUGACGACAAUUCAUUACGAGAAGUGGUUGAUGAAUGCUACUGAUCUUCGUCGAAAUUGCUUGGUUAAGGGCACACCUAGUUCGACAUCCAGUAUUGAGAUGGAAGGUGCUAAAGAGAGUGAGGAGAAAUCUGAUGUUUAUAGUACUAACAUGACCGAAGCAAUGGGUGCUGUCUUGACUUAUAGGCAUGAGCUAGGAAUGAACUACGAUUUCAUAACUCCAGAUCUAAUUGUUGGAUCAUGUCUGCAGACUCCUGCAGAUGUUGACAAGCUUCGGAGUAUUGGAGUGAAAACAAUUUAUUGCCUACAACAAAAUUCAGAUCUUGAAUAUUUUAGCGUUGACAUUGGUGCUAUUCGCGAAUAUGCCAGCACGUUCAGUGACAUUCAACACUUGCGUGCAGAAAUAAGGGACUUUGAUGCAUUUGAUAUGCGUCUGCGGCUUCCAUAUGUGGUGAGCAAAUUGCACAAAGCCGUUAAUCGAAAUGGGGGAAUAACUUAUAUACAUUGCACGGCUGGGCUCGGACGAGCUCCUGCAACUGCGUUGGCAUACAUGUUUUGGGUUCAAGGUUAUAAACUACAGGAUGCGAUCACUUUACUACUGAGUAAGCGUCCAUGUUUUCCCAAAGUGGAUGCUAUAAAAAGUGCCACAGCCGACAUCCUUACCGGCCUAAAAAGGAAACCUGUCACGUUGACAUGGAAGGGCGAUGAAUGUUCUACGGUGGAAAUAUCUGGACUCGAUAUUGGGUGGGGUCAGAGAAUUCCACUGAAAUAUGAUGAGAAGCAAGGCUCAUGGAAUCUCCAGAGAGAUCUGCCGGAAGGGCGUUAUGAGUACAAGUACGUUGUGGAUGGCAAUUGGGUAACCAACAACAACGAACUUCUUACUCCUGCCAACAAGGAUGGCCAGAUCAACAACUACAUCCAGGUAAGUGAUAACGACCCAGAGAGUGUGAGCAGUGCGUUGUGGGAGCGAUUGGGUGCCGAUGAUUUUGAUUUAACAACUAACGAGCGAGAUGUCAUAAGGCAGUUUCUCGACGACUGUCCAGAUGACGAGUAAACAUAACACUUCUACACGUCUGUCUAUAGAUACCAAUGCUUAUAUAAAUGAUUAGACUGCUUGUUUUUGUAACAAUUACAAAUUACUGGUUGAUUUGGUGAGCAUUUAGAAAAACUUGGUAGCCAUAAUAAGCAUUUCUGACUUGCAAUAUAGAAAACGUUAUAGAUCCAAUAAUUGGUAUAGUGGUUGUUGUCGUAUCCUAUUUCUUUGUAUACUAUUUGAUUACGAUAAAUAAGUAGAUAGUUUUUAAAA